UUAACCGGAAGUAACAAUGUUGACGUGUGCUUGACACUUCCGCCACGAAAGACGUCCUCCUUUGGUCACGAUUGUGUGGUUAUUUUCGCCGACUCAACCUGACUGGAUUAUAAUUAUUUGACUUAAUCCCCAAAUGGAAACUUUGAUUUUCUCCCGUAGUAAUCCCAUCAGUUGUUAAAAAUUCCGCCUAAAAGGAAAAAGCGUUCUGUCCCCUCUUUUGGGAUUUCAACAGACGUGUACAAUAGCCAUCCAGAGGAUCUAGGGGCGGCCCUAUUCCGGGAGUCAUUUGACUUCAACUCCGAGCCACCUUGGGAUCCUAGCUGAUAGUGGAAGAGUUCACCCAAGGACUCAUCCAUUUUGCUGCAUAAGCCUAGGACCCAGUGGCUCGAGAGGGAGCGAGCAACAUCACUUCGGACCACCCAUAUUCUUUAUGCCUGUCGGACACACAGAACACGGUUGAGAGGAUGAAAGGAAUCUCAGAUGAACCACAGUUUUCAGUGAGCCUUCUGGAAGGAGGCACAUCUCUGUGUGAUGUGAUAGACAAUCACAUUUAUGAGCAAACUUUGUCUGAGAAGAAGGCGUUCUUUGUCGCCGACCUAGGAGUUGUAAUGAGGCAGCACGUUCGCUGGCGAACACACUUGGCCCAAAUUCGUCCCUUCUAUACUGUCAGAUGUAACAGCAGCCCAGGUGUUAUUGAAGUACUGGCGGCUCUUGGCGCUGGCUUUGUAUGCAACGACCAGUCUGAACUUGAGCUAGUGCAGAGCCACGGUAUUCCCUCAGAAGACAUAAUCUACAGUGGAGUUUGCAAACGGGUGUCUCAAAUUAAGUAUGCUGCAAAGAAUGGCAUUGACCUCCUGAUGUGCGAUAAUGAAGCAGAGCUGCGCAAGAUUUCACGCUUCCAUCCGAAUGCCAAGCUUCUAAUUCAAGUGUCAACGGAAGCAUCAAGGCAGGACAGCGAGUUCAGCAUGCCAUUUGGCUGUUCCCUCAAAGACUGUCGACAUCUACUGGAGAGCGCCAAACAGUUGGGUGUACAGGUGGUUGGGGUCAGAUCCCUCAUUUCCUACAGCUGCGAGGAGGACAAAGUAUACACAAAUGCAAUUGCUGAUGCUCGCUGUGUUUUUGAUAUGGCGGAGGAAAUUGGAUUUAACAUGAAAAUCUUGGACUUUGGAGAUGGCUUUGGUGGCUCGAGCACCCAGCUGGAAUUGAUCAAAAAUGCAGUCAUGCCUAUGGUGGACCUAUACUUCCCCCCGCUUUCUGGAGUUAGCAUCAUUGCCGAGCCUGGCAGCUACUUUGUGUCCUCUGCUUUCACCUUGGUCGUCAACAUCAUCUCCAAAGAGGUGGUGGCGCGGGAUCAAGAUCAAACACAUGAUGAUCCAUCUCCCAAUGAUGAGCCAGAGUUUCACUACCGCAUGAAUGAAGGAGUGUAUGGACCAUUUGCUUGUAAACUCAUUGAUUUGGACAUCACUGCUCCAACUGUUCAUAAGAACACCCGUCUGGAUGCGCCCUUGUUCAGCAGCAGCCUGUGGGGCCCCUCUGGUGAUGAUCUGGACCAGGUGAUGGAGCACUGCAUGCUGCCUGAGCUCAACAUUGGAGACUGGCUCGAGUUCAGCCACGCAGGGGCCUGCUCUCUGGGCCAGCCUCUUUGCACCUCAGACUCGGCCACUCCACCUGUAUUUUAUGUUGUCUCCUGUAGAGACUGGUAUGAGAUGCAGGACACCGGCGUCACACAGGCAGUACUGAAGAACUUGUCGUUGGUCCCCUAUUUUUUUAAUGGCCGCCAAACAGAAGCAGCACUCUCUAUCCCAGCUUAGCUGUCACCGGGCAUUUAAUGGGUUCUGCUGCUUAUUCCUAACAUGAUAAAUUGAACCAUUGCUGCACAUCAUUGUUGGAGUCACUGGGACAAGACUGGAUUUACUUCUCAAUCAUCAGCAUCCUGGGCUUUAUGUGGUUAAAAUAGUAGUCUGUCAUGCAACAAAAUGGAUGACUCCUUUAUCAUAGACUACUUUUUAUGCUCGUAAAAAAUUAAAAUAUAUAUUGGGGAAAGAAACACUUGAUAGUCUUGUAAGCAAUUUAUUUAAAGCUUAACCACCAUUUUUAAGAUCUUGUAUUUAUGAUUUUUAAUUGGUUGUACAGUUGAUUCCUCACAUUGCAUUUAAAACCAGUGUUUUGAGGUUGGGAUUUUGUACAUGAAGGUUCAUUAGUCAUGGCUUUGGUGCAGUAAAUCAGUGUUGUCAGUGUACUGUGCAUGGUUUGCUGGAACACAUGCAAUGGUGCAAUAUUCAUUUCUGCCAUUUGCUGCCUCACAGAACACGGACAUGUCACUUAGAAACCCAGGUUUAUUAUUAGCAUGUGCUGCAGAUGGAACAUAGUGUUUAUGGUAAAUCUAAUGUGGAAUAGAUUAUUUAUAAUUACAAGAAACCUCAAUUUGUUCUCAUUGUUUUGGCUUAAUAGUUUGUUAAAUGUUUGAGUGUGUAAGUCAAUUUCAUGUGUAGUUGCAGUGUGUACCAUCUGUCUGAAGCCUGUUGAUAUAUUGUUGCAAUGCUUGAUAUCUGUCGAAAAAAUAAAUACCUUAUGGACAAGA